UUGUAAAAUCAUUUUGAAAAUGUUUAUAUUGGUGGCCAGCUGACUAGACAACUGUCAAAACAUAAAAAACAAAACUAAAAUCCCUAAAUAAUUUAGAAAUUUAUUUUACAAUUUUCCACGUUUUUUUAGUCACAGUGAGCCCCAAUAAUGUUUUUCAUCAUAGGUUUAGGUUUAGGGGACUGUAAAGACAUUACAGUGAAAGGUUUGGAAAUAAUCAAAAAGUGUAAUCGUGUUUAUUUGGAAGCUUACACUUCUAUUUUAACAUGUGGGGCUGAAGCUUUGGAGGAAUUUUAUGGCCGUAAAUUAAUCACAGCUGACAGAGAUUUAGUGGAACAAGGAGCUGACGACAUCCUUGAAGGUGCUGAUAAGUCAGAUGUUGCCCUCCUGGUUGUUGGUGAUCCAUUUGGGGCCACUACUCACACUGAUUUAGUUUUAAGAGCCAAACAAAAAAAUAUUGAGAUAGAAGUUGUACAUAACGCCUCAAUUUUAAAUGCUGUAGGUUGUUGUGGUCUACAAUUGUACAGUUUUGGGGAGACUGUUUCAAUUCCUUACUGGACAGAAACAUGGCAGCCUGACAGUUUUUUUGAUAAAAUACAGUCAAAUUAUAAAAAUAAAUUACACACUUUAUGUCUAUUGGACAUAAAAGUUAAAGAACCAACUCUCGAAAGUCUAACUAAAAAGAAGAAAGAAUAUAUGCCACCGCGUUUUAUGUCUGUGGGGGAAGCAGCACAACAAUUGGUACAAAUAUUAGAAAAGAAGAAGUCCGAGAAUAAUUUAUUAAUUACUGGAGAAAGUUUAUGUGUAGGCUUAGCUAGAGUUGGCUCAAGGACUCAAAAAAUUAUUGCCUGUAGUCUCCAAGAAAUGUGCUCAAUUGAUUUAGGUGGUCCUCUACAUUCACUUAUUAUUGCAAGUCCUGAAUUACACCCUCUUGAACUUGAAUAUUUAGAACAAUUCAGUAUCAAAGCGUAAAUAAAAAGUUUUAUUUUUA